AUGAUUCCGGACGCUGAAUUAGUACUCGAACGACAUCGCUACACGGAAGAGGUCUUACCACACAUUGACGACUGGACUUCUGGGGAAGGAAGCAUUGAGUCCAAGUUUGACUCAUUCCCUGCAUCCCCACCAUCUCCUACAUCGCCCACGGACACCUACGCCACAGAAGGACAGGAAGCUGACGCAAAUCAAGAGGAUGCACCCAUUGACGACACAGCCGAUAAAGAAGAAAUGGCUGCAGCAAGUGACUUACCUCCAGCUGGCGUCUCUAAUCGUGCUGAAACCAACGAAGUGGAGAAUGAGGCACAUCAUCUCUAUGACUUUGCCUACGCACCUGGUGGGAUCGAGCUGGCAGAUCAAGACGCAGCUCCACGGUGGGUUCACUUCACCCCACUUGUGACUGUGCUUGGAGGAGAAGGACAAGGGACGUACAAGAUGACAGGACUGGACGUGCUGUUUGGGAAACGGCAGGCAGCACAAGCGUUCAACACCCUUCCCAACUUGCAGCAACAUGUGCUAGGAUUUGCAGUGGCCAGCGUCCCCAUGGUGGACCUAACGUACAAAGAGCCCAAAACGCUCAAGGAGAUGGCAACAAACCAGUACGCACCUCUUUGGCAAGCCGCUGUGGAUGCAGAAUUGGCCAAGUUCGACGAGCUGGACACAUACGAAGUGGAGGACAGAUUGGACGUACCCAAGCGAACGCCUGUGUUGACGGAAGGAGUCGUUUUAAGGGUGAAACGAGAUGAGCAUGGACAGCCAAACCGGUUCAAAGCGCGCUGGGUGGUCAAAGGAUGCGGACAAACAUGGGGAACUUACGAUGAUACAUAUGCACCGGUUAGCCAAGGCCCGACCUCACGCACGUUCGUUGCUGGUGCAUCUGCUACGAAGCGGAAAGUGGUGCAACUGGACAUCUCCAAAUCGUUCUUGUACACUCCAAUCGACUGGGACGUGUAUGUGAGGUCCCCGGAACCACGAAGCAACGGAGACAAAGUUUGGAAGCUCAAGCGCAGUGUGUAUGGACUAAAACAUGCACCACGCUUGUAA